AUGAUUAUGGCACAACAGAUCACAACAACGAUGACAAAACUGGAGACCAGGGAUGAGGCCAUCAAACGACAGCCAACGAUUUACCCCAAGAACUCAUUCGAUCGAUACGGCGACGACUUGUGUCAACUCCUAUUGUCUUACCUCACAUUUGAAGACCGAUUCCGCUGCGAAUGUGUGUCCAAACAGUUCAAGAGGACUGUCUUCGCGAGUGUUAUCGACAUCCAAAUCAGUGAUCGCCUCAUAAAACAGAUUCAAGUUUUAAAACAACCAAUUCAUCAAAUAAUGGCCACAAUUGCUAUGAAGUGCCCGAAGCUUGAGAUCAUUGACUGUCGAGGAUUAAUCCUGAAAUAUGACGACAACAUUCCUGAAGUAUUGGGCAUUUUUCGGGACAAUUGUCCGCAUUUACGGGACAUUUACAUGAAUUUAUUGCCAAAUUGUGGCCAAUUAUUGACCGAAUUUGGACAACUGGUCACCCGAAUGGACGAUAAUAAUUGCUAUACAACCUAUGAGGGGGUCAAUGCUUGUCAAGGAUUGUCACACUUGGGUUUGUUGUGUUGGCCUAAGAAGACGACCACCGGUUUCGACCUAACAUUUAUCGCAAAUGUACGCAAACUCGAGAUCUACUCACUUACCGACGAUUACGGCGCUAACCGCCGCUGGGCUACACUCGUGGCCGAGAGUCGGUGCCUCCAGAGUCUGGCCUUAAGCGACUGUUAUUGUGAUUCCCUAUUUAUGACCGAUUUGUGCCAACAAUUGCCGCGAUUACGGCAAUUACGGGAACUGACACUCGAGUUGGCAACGGAUGACACACCGGACGGCCAUUCAAUGUUUAACCAGUGUUUGCGCACAAUUGGCGUGAAUUGCAAACAAUUGCAACGAUUGUCACUCACUAUGUAUUUCAAUGACGCCGACGACCCCUCACUCCCCAUAUUAUUGGAUUCGUUGAGAGUUUAUUCACGAUUAAAACGAUUGCAAUUAACACUCAAAGGUGUUGUCGCUAAUGGUUUGUUGGAUCCGUUGAAACACUUCAAGAGAUUAACGCAUUUAAAGUUAGAUUUAACGGAAGUGAACGCAAAUGUGUUGAAAGAUUUCCCUAUUAAGUGUCGGCGACUUCAAUACCUAUCCAUCAGUUAUUAUCACAUGACUCGCGAGUGUUUGCCUCACAUCUCAAGACUACCGGCGCUGCAAACGCUUGUCAUUGAAAGCCCUAAUAUUAUGGAUUUCUCGGGCAGUGAUUUGUCGGUUGUGUUGACCAAAAGUCCAAAAUUAAAGUCCAUUGAAGUCAUUGAAGAUUUAAGAAAAUUCAAAGCGAAAUACACAUACUUUUACCGCAUAAAUGAUUUAAAAUUAUAA